AUGAAUUUUCAUGAAGAACCUCCAAAAAGAUACUCUUUGAAUGAUUCAGAAACAAGCUCUGAAGAAGAUUCAUUAAAUGAUUUUAGCAAAUAUAAUAUUAACAAAAAAACACAAAAUGAAUGUAAAAUAAAAUGUGUAAACUCUUUCCCAAAUCAUGUAUCCGAUGUUAUUAUAGCAAGUGAAUUAUUUCUUGACAUUCUGAAGCGAUUUCCUGGAGAAAAUGAGUGUCAAAUCUUAUUUCAGGUUUCAGAAAAUCAGUCAAUAAGGCUUUUUUCUAAUUCUGAAUUUUCUCUAUAUUCUGUUAUUUUUCCUAAUAAUAUACCAAUUGAGAUGUGCUAUCAGAUUUCUUGUUAUAUUUUUGAUCAUUUAAAAUUUAAACGUAUAUUUUUGCUUGCAACUGUUUUUCAAUGGUCUGUAUCAUCUCCUGUCAGUCUCCUUCGUACAACCUUAUCAUCAUUGGAUAUAAACAAUAAUAACUAUCCAUUUUUAAGGCCACCUGCUUUACUUUCUGGGAUGGAAGCAUCUAUAUUAUCAUUGUGUGAGCAACGAAAUAUGGAUGCUGUUGCUAUUAUUGCAUCUUCUCAUGGCCCUAGUGCUCAUUUAAAGAUAACUUCAGAUGUUGCAGAACAUGUAGCAUAUCUGCUUGAUGAAUUUUUUGCCAAGGGAAAAUUGGAUUUAAAAGUAAAAUUACAAGAUUACAAUGCAAAUACCAAAAAAAGAACUGAUAUAUUAACAAUGUAUCUUUAA